AUGUUUCUGCAGAACGCGUGUUUACCACCCCCACCCGCGAAAAAGAGAGCGAGAAAGAGAGGUAGUGAGGUUGAAACAGACGAGACAAUCACCAGCACCGGCACUAGCACCACCACCACCCACGACGACGUCGAUGAUGACGAUGCCGACGACGACGACGACGACGACGACAAGGUGUCGCGUAUCAAAACGGAGUACCUGAACAAUCACCGCGACCGCGUUCCGCGGUUGGGGGUUUGCGUCUCGAGGGCCGAGCGCCGCGACGCGCACGUCGACGACGGCGACGACGACGACGGCGAGGAACGCACGACGAGUAGACGAGAACGACUCUUUCUCGCUACCACCACCGACACCGCCCUCGCGCAUCCUCGCCACACUGGGCGCGACGCCAACGCGCCGUCGCGACGCCGCCUCGCCAACGCGCAAACGCGCCUCCGCAAGCGAUGGGGUGCAAAAAAGAAAAAAGAAAAAAUGGAAGCGUCAAUAGAAGCGAAAAAUUCUGCAACAUUCUCACCGGCGGAACGUGAGGCUGUUCUGGAGAUCUUACAGGAAUGCGCGGAUUCAUUAAUCAUUUAUCAUAACACUUUGGGACAGCAACCGGUGAUGAGAGGUGACGCCGUUAAUUUUUAUCCCAAAAUUGAAAUUUCGGAAACGUCAAUUUUGCAGUCGCUUAUCGGAAACGUCGCGGAGAUGACAGAUUCACGAAGGGAAGCUGUGCGUGAAAAGCUUCAACGAGACAGUUUGUAUGUGAGCGAUAUAAUACGAGACUUGAAGCAAGAAAUUAGCGAACGCGGGACUAUCGAGGUACUAAUUAAGGAAAUCGAGAAAAUCACAUCGGAGGAGGAGCAGGAGAGUUUUUUAUCGGAGGAGAACGGAAGAAUGCAAAUUAUCCUAGCGGAGUUACGAAAAAAGAUCGUCGAUAAGAAAACGUCGAACGAGAAGGAGGAGGAAAAUUUAACAAGGAAGCUUACUUUAACACGGGAUGAGAAGGAGAGACUGAAACUAAUUAAGGACGUAGAGAUGAGAUACGUCCGAGCUUGGGAGACGGCACGUCGCGAACAGAACGUACUACGUUACAAAUUAAAGAUGGACGAACUGGAGAGGACUUUGAAUAAUUGUUACGUACGCGAGAAAAACGAAAAUUGCGUAAACAGCGAAUUAACGCGUUAUCUGACAUGGCGUAUCGCGUUCAUCGAGAAUCGAAUCGAGCAAUGGCGAGAGAGGUAUGAUCGGGAGAAGAAGAUCUAUGAGAGAGAGAUCCUCAAAGUACGCAAUGAGAUAGAAGACGCUCGGAAAUACUUGGAGCAACUUAAAACGGAGUAUUGCAGCAAUCAGAAAUUCAUCGACACAUAUCUCGCGGAGCAGGAGGCACUCCAAAGGCAAAAGGAACACGAGGAUCACGUGCAACGUUGCACAAUCAGGAUCCAAGCCUGGUGGCGGGGCGUCAUGGUGCGCCGGAAGUUGGGGCCGUAUCGACCCGAGGAGAAAAAGAAGAAGCGGCCUGUUAAGACGAAGAAAUAACUUUCCUCCCGACCGAGUUACCCUUGUGUACCGCAUCGGUUUUAAUUUGUUCAAUCUGAGCGGGUGGAUUAAUUUAUAUUUGCCAACGAUUUAAGCGAUUUAUCCGAG